GGGCAUCCUUUUUUGACCAGAGUCCGAGGAAUAGCUACCAUUGUCCCCGAUGAGUCCCAGGCCCAGCUGGUGACAAAUCCAUUCAUGCCGGAUUCCCAUCAAGGCCGGCUCUCCUCCAAGCUUGCUGGGAUGAAAAAAUAGCUACAGAUCCCCCUGGGAUUCAACCUCAAGAGAGCAGUGCACAUAGUUUGAAACAGAGUCUAAUGGACGGGUGUGCAUCUUAGGGAAGCAGCUACCAGGGGACAAGAAGCUGUCACCAGCCCCCAGGGGAGUCCUGGCAGCAUGGACAACGAUGAUAAUGAGCCUCUUGAGUCCGAGACCAAAGAUGAGGCUGAAGCUGAAUUGACACCUCAGAACAGCGAUGUCACCCUCUACUGUGAAGCUGAAACCCUUCCAAGUGUUGAGAAAGAGAAAGCUAACUGGGAGGAUUCAGAAACCGACCUGGAAAUUGAAGACACAGAGAAAUUCUUCAACAUCGGACAGAAGGAGCUGUACCUGGAGGCCUGCAAACUGGUGGGUGUAGUACCGGCCUCCUACUUCAUCCGGAACAUGGAGGAGUCCUGCGUGAACCUCAACCACCAUGGUCUGGGCCCCAUGGGUACCAAAGCCAUUGCUAUAACUCUGGUGUCCAACACUACAGUCCUCAAACUGGAGCUGGGAGACAACUGCAUCCAGGAAGAGGGCAUCAUGAGUCUGAUGGAGAUGCUGCAUGAGAACUACUACCUGCAGGAGCUGAACGUGUCUGACAAUGACCUUGGUUUGGAAGGAGCCAGGAUCAUCUCGAACUUCCUCCAGGAGAAUAACUCCUCCCUCUGGAAACUGAAACUUUCAGGAAACAGCUUCAAGGAAGAAUGUGCUGCACUGUUAUGUCAAGCCCUGUCGUCCAAUUACCGAAUUAGGUCACUGAACCUCAGCCACAACGAAUUCUCUGACAUUGGAGGGGAGCACCUGGGACAAAUGCUGGCCCUGAACGUAGGGCUCCAGUCACUGAACCUAAGCUGGAAUCACUUCAACAUUCGUGGUGCUGUGGCCCUGUGCAAUGGUCUCCGGUCUAACGUGACCCUGAAGAAACUGGAUGUGUCCAUGAAUGGCUUUGGGAAUGAGGGUGCUCUGGCCCUGGGGGAUGCCCUCCGACUCAACAGCUGUCUGGUCUAUGUAGACAUCAGUAGGAAUGGCAUCACCAACGAGGGGGCCUCCAAAAUCAGCAAGGGCCUAGAAAACAACGAGUGCCUCCAAGUGCUGAAGCUUUUCCUGAACCCUAUGAGCUUGGAGGGGGCAUAUUCUCUUAUCAUGGCCAUCAAGAGGAACCCCAAAUCCAGGAUGGAAGACAUUGACAUUUCUAACGUUCUGGUGACAGAGCAGUUUGUCAAAGUCCUGGAUGGGGUCUGUGCCAUUCACCCCCAGCUGGAUGUGGUAUACAAGGGAUUGCAGGGUCUCUCCGUCAAGAGAAGCAUCUCCCUGGGGACCAACCCCAUGAGGCUGAUCCAGAGCUAUACGGAACAAAAGAAGAUCUCAGCGGUGGAGUUCUUCAGGAGUUUGAAUCCUACAGGAUUGAUGACAAUGCCUGUGGGGGACUUCCGGAAAGCCAUGAUCCAGCAAAGCUAUAUCCCCAUCAACCGGUACCAGGUGAGGGAGCUGAUAAAGAAGCUGGAUGAGAGGAAAGGUGUGGUGAACUUCAGUUCACUUGAAAAGGAAGACUUGAACAAGACACUGGAACCCAAGCCUGAGGAACUCCAGUCCAUGUGACAAGGGGACAAUGUUCAGGACUCCAAGCAGUUUUUUAAAAGCCUGAAAGUCACAACAGAUGGUCAGGUCUGAAGCGAAGUGCCAAUCAAAGAAGUUCUGGCAAGUUGUGUGGCUACAAGGAGACCAAACCAAAGGCCAGGUGGAAAGAUGCCAUGACCAGACCUAAGUGUGAGCAAAUAAAAUCUGGCUUGAUUCUGGG